UUCUUUAAUAUUAAGUGAUUACCAGUAUGGCUCUAUGUGACCUCAUGUGGUUGAAGAUGGACUAUGACCUAGUUUGAGGCCCAUUUCAGACACAAGAGCAAGCCCAAAACCCAAGUUUUAUGUAUUAUAAAGUCUUGGUCUUUGAAUUCAAAAUGCUGAUUCAGGGAAAGAACCAUGAGGGGAAUAGGUAAGUAAAUAAAUAAAAGAAAGAAAGAAAGCAACAGGGUCAACAAGCUGGUCUCUUCUCUCUUUCUAUGAUUCUACCAAACUAUUCUAGAUGUAUGAAAUAUGAAUAAAACCAGCACCCCAAAUGCUUUCAAGACUCUGCCAAUCCUGUGAGUGAAGAAUGGGAAGCAUUACUGGCUUCCUCUGUUACAAUGUCUUGUGCUUCUGUUUCCUCACUCUCUUCCCAAUCAUUGUCAUCUCUGGAGACACCAUAACUGCAAAUCAGUCCAUCACCAAUGGCCAAACCCUGGUGUCUGCCGGCGGGGAUUUUGAGCUGGGGUUCUUUUCUCCCGGAGAUUCAAAGUGGUACGUGGGGAUAUGGUACAAAAACAUUCCUAAAGAAAGAGUUGUCUGGGUCGCAAACAGAGACAACCCAAUUUUGACAAACUCCUCUGGGUCAGUUGUGAAGAUUGGAGACCGCGGAAAUAUUGUGAUUAUGGAUGAAGAUUUGCAUGUUUUCUGGUCUACGAAUGAAUCCACGGCAGUUAAUCCAGUUGCGCAGCUGUUGGACACAGGGAAUUUGGUGGUACGGGAAGACAAAGAUGCAGAUCCCGAAAACUAUCUUUGGCAGAGCUUUGAUUAUCUUACUGAUACUUUGCUGCCCGGAAUGAAGCUAGGAUGGGACCAGAAAACGGGUUCGAAUCGGUACUUGACGUCGUGGAAAAGCAAGGAAGAUCCGUCCUCUGGAGAUUAUUCUUUCAAGCUAGAUCCUCGAGGUUUCCCUGAGAUUUUCAUAUGGAACAAACAGGAAAAGAAGUACCGUAGUGGGCCAUGGAAUGGAGUUAGAUUCAGCGGCGUCCCGGAGAUGAAAUCCUCCUCUGUCUUCACCUUCGAUUUCGAGUGGAAUCAGGAUGGGGCAUACUACUCGUAUGAGCUCACAAACAAAUCCAUAACCUCCCGUUUGAUGGUGAGCUCAGCCGGCAGCCUCCAACGCUAUACUUGGAUCGAAACCAGGCAGGUUUGGAACCUCUACUGGUUCGCUCCCAAAGAUCAGUGCGACGACUACAGAGAAUGCGGCCCCUACGGAAUCUGUGACACCAAUUCCUCCCCGGUUUGCAAGUGCCCACGAGGGUUCGAGCCCAAGAAUCCACAGGCGUGGAACCUCAGAGAUGGUUCCGAUGGUUGUUCUAGAAAAACAGAGUUCGAUUGCAAUAACGGAGAUGGGUUCUUAGCAUUGAAGAGAAUGAAGCUGCCAGAAACUGGGAGUUCAUUCGUAGACAAGAGCAUGAGUCUCAAGGACUGCGAAAUGACUUGCCGGAAAAACUGCUCUUGUACCGGUUACGCCAAUCCGGAGAUUACCUCCGACAAAGGUUGCAUCAUUUGGACCACCGAUCUCUUGGAUAUGAGAGAGUACGCAGAAGGAGAAGGUGGUCAAGACCUCUAUAUUAGAGUUGCAGCUUCUGAAUUAGGUUCUGAAAAUGGUUCAAACAAGACAGUAAAAAUUAUCAAGGUCACUUGCAUUACAGUUGGUAGUGCUGUUCUGCUACUUGGACUGGGAAUCUGUUAUCUGUGGAAGAGGAAGAAAAUGAAGAUCAUGUGGAAUGGGAAGACAAGGCAAAGAGGUCUAAGUGAAAGAAGCCAUGAUUAUAUUUUAAAUGAAGCGGUUAUUCCUAGUAAGAGAGACUACACAGAUGAGGUUAAGACAGAUGAGCUAGAGCUGCCUCUGUUUGAUUUUGGAACCAUAGUGCUGGCUACAAACAACUUCUCUGACACUAAUAAACUGGGACAAGGGGGUUUCGGCUGCGUUUACAAGGGUAUGUUGUUAGAAGGUGAGGAAAUAGCAGUUAAGAGGCUUGCAAAGAAUUCUGGGCAAGGAAUAGAAGAAUUCAUGAACGAGGUUAGGUUAAUUGCAAGGCUUCAACACAGAAAUCUGGUACAACUCCUUGGUUGUUGUGUUGAGAUGGAAGAAAAGAUGCUGAUAUAUGAGUACAUGCAAAACAGAAGCCUGGAUUCAAUUUUAUUUGAUGAGAAGAAAAGCUCAUUGCUGGAUUGGGGUAGGCGAUUCAAUAUCAUUUGUGGGGUUGCUCGAGGGCUGCUUUAUCUACAUCAAGAUUCUAGAUUUAGAAUCAUUCAUAGGGAUCUCAAAGCAAGCAACGUUCUACUUGAUGGGGAAAUGAACCCAAAAAUAUCAGAUUUUGGUAUGGCAAGAAUUUUUGGGCGAGAUCAGACUGAAGCAAACACUAAGAGAGUGGUUGGGACAUAUGGUUAUAUGUCCCCUGAAUACGCAAUGGAUGGGCUGUUCUCAGUGAAAUCUGAUGUCUUUAGUUUUGGUGUACUUGUUUUGGAGAUAGCAUGGAGGCUAUGGAGAGAAGGGAAGGGGUUGGAGCUAAUGGAUUCAUCAGUGAGCGAGUCAUGUGCCCCAUAUGAUGUGUUGAGAUGCAUCCAGGUUGGCCUCUUAUGUGUCCAAGAGCAUGCAGAAGAUAGACCAGUAAUGUCGUCUGUGGUCUUGAUGUUGAGUAGUGAAACUGCAACAUUGCCAUUGCCAAAGAACCCUGGGUUCUGCCUGGGAAGGAAACUUGUGGAAACAGAUUCAUCUUCAAGCAAGCAAGAAGAAACAUUAUGGGUCGCCAACCGGAACCGAUCAAUUGCCGGUUCGUCCGGCGCAUUGAGCGUUACUUCCGCUGGGGAGCUUCUGCUUCGCAACGGGACGGAGUUGGUCUGGUCCUCGAAUUCCACUAGUCCGGCGAAUGGUGCUGUGGUUUUGCAGCUGUUGGACUCGGGCAAUCUUGUUGUGAGAGAUGGAAGCGAUACUUCGGACGACUACGUUUGGGAGAGUUUUGAUUAUCCGUCAGACACGUUGUUGCCGACGAUGAAGCUGGGAUGGAAAUUGAAGACGGGUCUGCAUAUGUACCUGACGUCGUGGAAGAACGCCGACGACCCAUCCGCUGGAGACUUCUCGUACAGCUUGGACGCUCCCGAUUCACCUCAAUUGGUUGUGCGAAAAGGGUCGGAUAAGCAGUACCGGUGGGGUCCGUGGGAUGGGGUCAGGUUCAGUGGCAGCCAAGAGUUCAGAGCGAACCCUGUUUUUACCCCAAAGUUUUUCUCCGAUACAGAGGAGGUAUAUUACACGUUCAUAGUCACAGAUAAGUCGGCUCUUUCUAGAUCCAUAGUUACCCAAUUUGGUCUAAUUCAGUAUCUCUAUUGGAACAAUGGCACUAAAGAGUGGUCAACGACGGUGACUCUUCAGAGGGACAACUGUGAUCGGUAUGGCAUGUGUGGGCCUUAUGGGAAUUGCUACUCCGGUGAUCCCAGUUGCAGGUGCAUGAAGGGAUUUUCACCCAAGUCCCCGCAGUCCUGGGAUAUGUUGGAUUGGUCGGGUGGGUGCGCUCGGAAGAGAGAGCUGGACUGCAAUAAAGGAGACGGAUUUGUGAAGUAUAAGCCACUGAAGUUGCCUGAUAAUUCGCAUCUCUGGGGGAACAGCAGUUUGAGCUCUGAGGAUUGCAGGGCCAAGUGUUUGAGGAAUUGUUCUUGCAUGGCUUAUACUAUCAUUAACGUCCAUGGGAAUGGAGGCGAUUGUGUUGCCUGGUUCGGUGAUUUAGUUGAUAUGAAAGACUUUUCUGAAGGUGGAGAAGAGCUUUACAUUCGAAUGGCAAGGUCUGAAAUAGAGGCAAUUGCUGAUGCUAAGAGGAAGAAACUAGUGGAGAUGAUCAUUGCCAUUGUCAUAUCAAUAGUUUCUGGGAUAUUUAUUUUAGGUUGCAUUGGAUGGGGAAUUUCUAGGAUGAGGAGGAGGGCAAAAAGAACAGCCAGGGAGUUUGACAGUCAGAGAGAUUCUAAAGAAGAAGAUCAGGGAGAAGAUCUAGAAUUACCUCUUUUUGAUCUGGAAGUAAUUUCUGGUGCUACAAAUAGAUUCUCCUUUGAAAAGAAGAUUGGACAGGGUGGCUUUGGUCCUGUAUACAAGGGAGAAUUACGUACCGGUCAAGAAAUAGCAGUGAAGAGGCUGUCACAAAGUUCUGGGCAAGGCCUUGAAGAGUUCAAGAAUGAGGUUAUUUUGAUUUCAAAACUUCAACACCGUAACCUUGUUAAGCUCUUGGGAUGCUGCAUUCAAAGAGAAGAAAGGAUGCUAAUUUAUGAGUACCUGCCUAACAAAAGCUUGAACUACUUCAUAUUUGAUCAAACUGGAAGAAAGUUACUGACUUGGAAGAAGCGAUUUGACAUUGUUCUGGGAAUUGCACGGGGACUACUUUAUCUUCAUCAAGACUCCAGGCUGAGAAUCAUUCACAGAGAUCUCAAAACCAGCAACAUUUUACUAGACAGUGAGAUGAACCCCAAAAUUUCAGAUUUUGGCAUAGCAAGAAUCUUUGGAGGAGAUCAAAUGGAAGAGAAGACCAGAAGAGUAGUUGGAACAUAUGGGUACAUGUCUCCAGAAUAUGCAUUGAAUGGGCAGUUUUCAGUGAAGUCAGAUGUAUUCAGCUUUGGUGUUAUAUUGCUAGAAAUUGUAAGUGGCAAGAAGAAUUGGGGUUUUUAUCACCCUGACCAUGACUUCAACCUCCUAGGACAUGCAUGGAAAUUGUGGAAUGAAGGGAUUCCAUUGGAACUGGUGGAUGUACUGCUGGAGGACUCAUUUUCUGCUGAUGAUAUGGUAAGAUGUAUUCAAGUGGCCCUUUUGUGUGUGCAGCUACGCCCAGAAGACAGGCCGAUAAUGUCAUCUGUGGUAUUUAUGUUGAGUAAUCAGAGUGCAGUAGCUGCUCAACCCAAGGAACCUGGUUUUGUUACUGGAAAUACUUACAUGGGGACAGAUUCAUCCUCAACUGGAAAAAAUCUUCAUACUGGCAAUGAGUUAACUAUUACAUUGCUGGAUCCACGAUAAAAAGGAUUGUUUCAGUGAACUAUAAUUCUUAUUUAUUUUUUAUUUUUUUGGAUAUGUUGUACAGUUUUGGACCAUAUUUUCUUAUACAGGAAAUCAAGAAUUUUUCUUUUUUGAUGCA